AAGGAAAGAAGACAUGUGCGUCAUGAUAAACAACAAAUAACUUCCCUGAGGAAAACAUACAAGAAAUUGUCUUAAAAGGAAUUUUUUUUAAAAAAAAGAUGGCGGUGUCAAUUUCUUCAUCUUUGCUGCAGACUUCAGUGAAACAACUAGUUACAUUAUGCCGCAGGAGGCUGUUGGAGAGAAAUCUUGGCCAAGUAGCAGCUUCAGUUGCUAGGUGUCAGAAAUGCUCUUCAACAACUUUCAAAGAAAGAAACAGAAAGAAACUCUACUCCAUUUCUACAGCAAUAGCUGAGAGGGCUGAUGGCAUUUAUGAUGUUCCAAUCAUAAUGCGACAUGUAGGUGACAAGAUAAUACAAGAUGAAAAUUAUGACAAGCUAAUUCCACAAUUGUCAGAAGAAGAAAUGAUAUAUAUGGAAAGACUUCAGGAUUGUGAAUCUAGUAGCGAAGUGUUGCAUUUGCUGGAUAUACAGCCAGAUAUACUAAGCAGUCACGCAGCAGCUCUCACCCUCAUUAAACUGAAAGUCUUAGAUAGGAAGCGACGGGACAAGCAGAAGACACCUGGCAAGUCCUUUGUGAGCAAAGUCAUCAUACAGCAACUAUUUGGAAUUGCACAGCGAAACAUUGAAACACUGAGUGAUGAAAAUUUAGUUGAAUUAGCCAAACAGUUUCUUGAAGAGAAAGAGCCGGAAUCAGAAAUCAAAGAAUUCACUCUAAAUCUUAUACAGAAGAAAAUGGAAGAUGGCACACUUGGUAAAUAUGCAGUAUUCAGCCUUACCGAGAUACUACAGAACACAAAGCACACUGACUUACUACAAGACAUCUGGCUACAUAUCACCAGUAGAUAUACUGAAUUAGAUUUGGAGGACCUACUGAAAUAUCUUGAUCAUGUGCCGGCCAACAUGGAUAUCACUGACCAGCUGUUGAAAAUAAUCCAGAGUCAGUUAGUAAAGUUUGGAUGGCAGUUUGGAAGUAGGGGUAUCGGCAAGAUCUCUGCUAAUUUGUCACGUCUGAAAUGUAGGAAUGAUACUCUAGCAUUCAGUAUUGCCAAAUGGACACUGCUACACAUACACGAGAUAAAGACAUCAGAUCUUCUGAAUGUUCUUACCUAUUUCCAAGAGAGACAGCAACACAAUGCUGACUUAAUCCAUGCCCUUGAAAAAUACAUCUUUAGUAAAGGGCCACAAGUCAAAAAUGAAAUAUUGGGCCAAACCCUUGAGUACCUAUGCACCAUUCGGUAUCUCAGUCCUGUCAUCAUGGAUGCAGCCUCCGAUCAUUUUCUGAAAUGUGGGGAAAGUUAUUCUGCUACAGAUCUUUACUUAAUUUUGAAAUCUUUUGGUUUCUUUGGAUAUGAGCCAAGGAAGCAAAUGGCAUUUUUCCAAGCAGCAGACCACUACAUACCCAAGGAGUUUGACAAGUUUCAAGAUGCUGAUGUUUACAAGUUGAUGUGUUCAUUCUUGUGGCUGGGCAGGAGUUCGUCUCUGCUUAGAGGUCAUGCUCGACGAAAGUCCUGGUCAAUGGAUCGAAGUGACAUUAAAUGUCUGUAUUGGUAUCGACGAGCAAUGGUACAACCCACACCCCUCACAACAGACGAGAUAUCAAUGUUUACCUUUGAUAUUCCAAUGUUCAAUGUUAGAAGCGGAAAUCAACGAAACUAUACGACUUUACAGGUUGCAAAGAAAGCAUUGUCCUCUCUCUUGAAGCUUCCUGUUGUUGACAACAUAAAAGUGAAAUCAUUUUUGAUUGAUUUCAUGUUGGUUGUGGAUGAAAACAAAGAUGAAAUUUCAAGAAAAGUAUGGAGUUCACACCAAGAUGAAGUACCCAAAGCUAGUAAAGUGAUCCUCAUCAAGCUGCAUUUUCCAGAGCAUUUCUGUGCCAACACUGGGGAGCUUCUUGGAGAAUAUUCAAUGGCCAAGCGAUAUUUUGCCAUGUCCAACAUCCCAUACAUCACGCUCUCUCCUUUGAAAGCUGGUAUAGAACAGGCCAGUGUUGAAAUACUCCAGAUGCACUUCCAUUACAAGCUCCAUGAACUUGUAAACUUGAAGUUCAAUCCUUUUAAGGGAGUAAGCAACCAGAGACUUCUUGAGCUUUGGGAAUCAUCCAAAAAUCAGGGACCACCAGUGUGAUCAAGUCUGUCCAACAAUUUAAGUCAGUUGUCAUAGAUAAGGCCUUGUCAUACUAGGACCAAAAUUAGACAAAAGUCAUCAGUAAGGCUUUGUCAAGUCAGGUUUGACCUUGUCGGGUCAGGAAUGACAGACAAAAACCAUCAGGUGUGACUUGUUAGGCCAGGAAUGACAUCAGACAAAAGUCUUCAGUGUUAUCUUUUCUUGCGAGGGAUGACAUCAGAGAGAUGUCAUCAUUGUGACCUUGAUAGGCCAGGAAUUACAGACAAACAUCAUCAGGUAUGACCUUGUCAGGCCUGGAAUUACAUCAGCCAGAUGUCAUAAGUGUGACCUUGUCAUGCUAGGAAUGACAGCAGACAAGAUUCAUCAUUGUGACCUUGCCAGGCAAGGAAUGAGAUUAGACAGAAGUAAUCUGUUUAACUAUGUCAGACCAGAGGGAUUAAUGUUUUAUGUUCAAUGUUCAGAGACUGUUGAAUUGGUAUCAGAUGAACUUUGUAUACUAAAUGUGCAAUCUACUGGUAUAUCUGUCGUAAUUUGAUUAUAAGAAGUCUUCUGAAUUUGUGAUUAAUGAAAGAUAAAUUUCACUGAUUACAAGCUUAAUUACAUGUAAGGUAUAUGUUCUUGUAUACAUAUGUACAGUAUUUUGCUUUCUCUGCUAAUAUUAGAUAGAGCCUUUACCAGACUUUUUAAAGUUUUGAAUACAGAAUUGAUCUUUACAGAUUGAAGGAAUAUAUUUAUUUAUCACUUUCUUUAGCUGAGAAACAUACUGUUAAAUUUUCAAAAAUUCAUGAGGAAAUAUUAACAGAAAGAGUUUCAUGUAAAUAAUUUUAAAGUUCAUUUGCACUAAAUUUUUUACCUCUCGGUCUUUUUAGAAGAUGUAGCUAGCUUUAUUUUCAUAACAAUGUUGAGAUAUAAAAAGUAAUGUGAUGAAUCAUUGCAUGAUGUAAGUCGAAGUUUCAUUAACUUCCUUAGUCAAAGUUUUAUUAACUUCUGUAAAGACAUCAUUAUUCGACCAGUUGUACUAAGCAAUAUGUUUUCAUUCUUUAUAAAUGUAUCUGUUGGGUCAUACAUUUGAAAAAUUAAACCACAUAUAGAUUUUCUUGUACACAAAGUUCCAUGAACUUAUCGGAAAAGUACCAUAGAAAUACUGUAAAAAUAAUAUUCAAAUAUUGGUAUUGAUGGUUUUCAGUGGUGACUUUUGGCAAAAGAAUGGAAUUGUUAUGAAUAUAAGUAAUAAAAGUGAUGUGUA